GGAAAUACAAAACCAAAAAAGGAGAAGCAAUGAGUCCCCUUGAAGGGUGGGAUCUAGCUACCCACAGUGGUUGAGUUUGGGAAGGGUAGAAGAAAAAACGAAAGUUAUUACUUUAUGAAACAAAAAGAAAAGAAGAGAGGGGUUCUCUCCUUUUAUGGCUUUUGCAGACCAGAUUAUGGUCUAAGGUCUUUAUCACAGCUAUUUCUAUGUAUAAAAGGAGAUUACAUAUAUGAGUUCCAAACGUUACAUAUCAAAAAAGUUGGGGGGGAGAGAGAGAGAGAGAUGGAAGGAGAGAUCAAUAACUUCAUCAAAGCAUGGCUCUCAGUCUUCACAUCUCUAUGCUACUGCUAUGGUAUUGGCAAGAUUGUUCCCAAAGGCACACUCAGACUGCUCACAAUAGUCCCUGUGGUGUGUCUUUUCCUAGCCCUCCCUCUCACUCUCCGCUCUAUGCAUCUUGGAGGCACAAGCGCUUUCUUCAUUGCCUGGCUCGCCAACUUCAAACUCCUCAUGUUUGCAUUUGGUAAAGGUCCUUUAUCAGACCCUUCAAUCUCUCUCCCUCAAUUUGCUGCAAUCGCUUCUCUUCCCAUCAAAAUCGUACAAAACCCAUCUCCCAAAACGUCCAAAAAAGGUCAGAAAUCGGCUUUGAAUUAUGCUACCAAAAUUCUGCUUUUGGUCUUGUUUGUACGCGUGUAUGAUUACAGUGAAUAUAUACAUCCAAAGGUUAUACUUGUCAUGUAUUGCUUCCAUAUAUACUUUGCCUUGGAGAUCAUGUUUGCCAUGGUUGCAGCCCUGGCUAGGACCCUUUUGGGGUUUGAGCUCGAGCCACAGUUUGACGAGCCGUACCUUUCAAGCUCACUACAAGACUUCUGGGGUCGAAGGUGGAACAUGAUGGUGAGUCGUAUUCUACGCCCGACUGUAUACGAACCCACCCUUGGGUUCUCAACCCAGCUUUUGGGCCGAAAAUGGGCCCCUUUACCAGCAAUUUUCAGCACAUUUUUGGUGUCGGGCCUGAUGCACGAGCUCAUAUUCUACUACUUGGGCCGCAAGAGGCCCACUUGGGACAUCACGCGGCUCUUCUUGCUCCACGGGCUUUGUUUGAUGGCUGAGAUUGCAGUGAAGAAAGUGGUCACCGACAAGUAUCGGUUGCCUCGAAUCAUCUCUGGCUCAUUAACGGUGGCUUUUGUUUUCAGUACCGGAUUUUGGCUGUUUUUUCCAGAGUUGUUUCGGUGUAAUGCGUUUGAAAGAGCGUUUGAUGAAUACGCGGCUGUGGGCGCGUUUAUGAAGGAUGUUGGUCGGGCUUUAACAUUCAAAUCUUAAUUUCAAUGGGAUAUGAGGGUUUAGUCGACGGACUGGAACUUUUCUUCGCCUUUUCACAUCGUGUUAGUAAAUCAGUUAUGCAAUCUGCUACAUCGAUGUAUGACCCUUACAUCGAAAAUGUAACACUCAUACAACAUAUUAUACAGUAUAAUGGUUUUGACUGAUUAGUUACUUGACUAUUCUCUCUUUGUACUGCACAUAAUUCUUUUUAGAUAAAACUACUACUUUGUCAUUUCACCAAUAGUUGUUUUGUAAGCAUUAGGGGCAUGACUGAAAAAUAUGCAAAUUGCAUUAAUAAUACCAAAUACAUUAUCAAUUUAA